AUGUCCACCACCAACACGACCUAUCUCAUCACCGGCGCCAAUAGAGGCCUUGGCCGCGGCCUCGUCGCAACCUACCUCGCCCGACCCGCCAGCACCAUCAUCGCCGGCGUGCGCGAUCCUGCCCACCCGACCGCGCAAUCCCUCUACUCACUCUCCGUUGGCACCGACAGCGCCCUCAUCGUCGUGCGCAUCGACAGCAGCGACGCACCCAGCGCCGCCGCCGCCAUUUCCCUCCUCGCGACCGAGCACAGUAUCACGCGUCUAGACGUCGUCAUCGCCAACGCUGGCAUCGGGAAGACAUAUCCACGAAUCGCCGACGCGACACUCGACGAGCUCGACGAGCAUAUCCGCGUCAACGCCUAUGGCCCGCUGGCGCUGUUCCAGGCCGCGUUGCCGGCGUUGAACCAGAGCUCGCAGCCCAAGUUCGUGGCUCUCAGCUCUGCCGUCGGCAGCAUUGGCGGGAUGGGGAAGCGGACGUUGUUGCCGCACGCAGCGUACGGGCCGAGCAAGGCGUUGCUGAACUGGUUGGUGAGGAGGAUGCAUUUUGAACAUGAGAACAUGAUCGUGUUUCCCAUCCAUCCGGGCUGGGCCAAGACCGAGAUGGGGAACGGGACAGCGACCAAGUUUGGCUUAGGCGAGGCUGAGGUCGAGCCGAAGGACAGCGUCGCCGGCAUGAUCAAAGUGAUUGACGGCGCGACGCGAGAAGAGACAUCAGGCCGGUUCAUGCUCUUCAACGGAGAGGUUUCGGAGUGGUAA